AUGAUCUUUGAAGAAUUAUUUCAAAAAUAUCGCAAGACCGAACCAACAUCAUUAUUUGUAUUGAAAAAUUUCGUGUUAAUAUUACUUUUAAUCGCUAUAUUGGGAUACACUUGGUUAAUAAUUUGGGGCAUUUAUGAUGAUAAUCCAGUUAUUCAAAAUUCUUUAGAAGAAGCAAACAAUAUUCCUAUUCCAGUUGUUCUUGUUUUUGCGUCUCAAAAAACAAAUAUUAGUUGUCAUUUCGUAAAUGCUAGUGGUAUUCAAAAUUGUAGUCAAUAUAUAGAGUAUCUUCCGGAUAGUAAUGGAUUGAAUUAUUUUAUGA